AUGUCUUCAGAGAUGAUGACUACGAGGAAGAGGAAAUCACGGAGUAGAGUUGAGGGAUCUAUGUCUAUGGCUGAGACACUCGACUCUUGUAAUGUUGACACUAAACCAAUUCGUAAAGUUCAAGCUAUUGGGUCGAAGAAAGGAUGCAUGAAAGGAAAGGGAGGGCCUGAGAACUCAAAAUGCAAAUACAGAGGAGUUAGACAGAGGACGUGGGGUAAGUGGGUUGUAGAAAUUCGGCAGCCAAAUGGGGGAAAGAGAAUGUGGCUUGGUACUUUUGCAAACUCACUAGAAGCUGCCCUUGCUUAUGAUAAAGCUGCUAGGACAAUGUACGGUUCCUAUGCUCGCCUAAACUUUCCAAAUUCUUGUUCAGCUUCAACUUCAUCAAGCAUUUCUCCAAUAGAAACUCCAGCUAGGGUUGAUUCAAGGACUACAUCAAACAACUAA